AGUUUCUCAUGAUACCCGUUUGCGUAUGGAUCUGUUGAUGAAAUUACGUGCAAUAAUAUUGUGAUAAUACUUCGAAAGUGAAGAAAAAACUUGAUUUAUAAAAUAGUAAAUAUUCUUUCUUGGUGAUUGUCGCAGGAUUUCGGUCAGUUAUAGUUUAUUAUUUUACUUGUUGGGCAGAUCCAAUGGAUGAUUCUGCUCCAGUGAUCGGCAUAGAUUUGGGUACUACGUACUCUUGUGUUGGCGUCUUUCAGCAUGGUAAAGUGGAAAUUAUCGCUAACGAUGAAGGUAACAGAACCACGCCGAGUUAUGUCGCCUUUACAGAGGUCGAAACGCUAGUAGGAGAUGCGGCGAAAAGUCAAUCAGCGAGGAACGUGAACAAUACAAUUUUUCAUGCCAAGAGGCUUAUAGGUCGUAAUUUCGACGAUGUCACGGUUCAAGCCGAUAUGAAGCUGUGGCCUUUUAAGGUGGUUAGUGAUGAAAACAAGCCAAAAAUUAAAGUUGAAGUCCAAGGUACUUCUAAAACCUAUUUUCCCGAAGAAAUAUCGUCGAUGGUUCUACGAAAAAUGAAAGAGACCGCCGAAGCUUACUUGGGUAAAAAAAUUGAAAAAGCUGUAAUCACGGUGCCCGCCUAUUUCAACGAUUCUCAAAGAUCAGCUACAGUUGAUGCGGCCACAAUUGCAGGCUUGAAAGUAUUACGUAUAAUUAAUGAACCAACAGCUGCCGCCAUUGCUUAUGGUCUAGACAAAAAAGAUUCAGGCGAGCAAACAAUAUUGAUUUUCGAUCUGGGUGGUGGAACUUUCGACGUUUCUAUUGUGACUAUUCAAAACGGUGUUUCCGAAGUGAUUUCGACUGCCGGCGAUACUCAUUUGGGCGGAGAAGAUUUCGAUGACAGAAUGGUCAAUCACUUCGUUCGAGAAUUCAAACAGAAAUACAAGAAAGUACUGGGAAGUAACAAAAAGGCCUUACGUCGGUUGAGAACCGCUUGUGAACGAGCAAAAAGGACUUUAUCAUCGGCUACUGUAGCCCCUAUCGAAAUAGAAUCGCUUCAUGCGGGAAUUGAUUUUUAUAGUUCGAUCUCUCGUGCUCGUUUUGAAGAUCUGAAUGCUGACUACUUUCGAAAAGCCAUGGCACUGGUUGAAAAAGCUAUCAAAGAUGCUGAAAUCAGUAAAAAUCAGAUUGAUCAAGUGGUUUUGGUUGGUGGCUCGUCCCGGAUACCAAAAAUUCAAAGAAUGUUGCAAGAUUUAUUUAGUGGAAAGGAAUUGAACAAAUCGGUUAACCCAGACGAAGCAGUAGCUUACGGAGCUGCCAUACAAGCUGCCAUACUGAAUGGUGAUCAAUCAAAGAUUGUACAAGACAUCGUUUUAUUCGACGUUACACCAAUGUCGCUGGGUGUUGGCGUUGGACCUGGUCAUGGAAAAAUGGAAGUGUUCUUUAAACGUAACUCGUCUAUUCCAGCAAAAAUCACUAAAGGACGCUGCACGGUGGCUGAUAAUCAAACUGCUGUAGAUUUCAAAGUAUACGAAGGUGAAUAUCCAACAACAAAGGAUAAUCAUUGGCUUGGUCAAUUUACACUUACUGGAAUCCCUCCUAAACCCGCUGGGGAAGCUGAAAUGGAUGUAACUUUCGAAAUAGAUGCUAACGGUAUUCUAAACCUGACCGCUGUAGAAAGAUCUACCGGUAGUACGAAUCAAUUGGCUAUCGCAUACGAUAAAGGCCGUCUCAGUAAGGACGAAAUUGCGCGUAUGAUCGAAGACGCUGAAGAAUUGUAUGUAAAAGAAGCGAGACGAAAGGCGGUAUUAGCUGCUAAACACUCUUUGCAGUCGUACUGUGCCGACGUGAAGAGCACUGUUGAAGAAUUGAAAGAAGAAAUCGAAAAAUCCGAUAAAGAGAUAAUUUUUAAAAAAUGUGAAGAAACUAUUCUCUGGUUGGAUUCGGAUCAAUCGGAUAAUAAAGAGGUAUUCGAAAGUAAACUGGAAGAAUUGAAAAAAAUAUUCGAUACGAUCAUUUCGAUAGCCAGGUAUCCUCAUGAAACGAACGAGAAAUAUUACGAAAUAUUGAAUCUUUCCAAAGACGCCAACAAAAAACAGAUCCAGGAUGCUUUCAGGAAAAUCGGUUCGAAAUAUCAUCCUGAUAAGUACAAAGGAGACAAGGAAAUUGCGAAUAUGUAUUGGUUAUUUAUUACAAAAGCAAAAAAUACUCUCAUCAAUCUAGUAAAAGGAAGAUUCUGAAGAAGUGCAGAUUGCAGGUAGCUUACGUCAUGAAGAUCUACGAAAUUCAGAAGUUGUGAAAUUUAAGAAUACCUAGCUCAUCAUUUCUCAGAUGUCAACGUCAUAUUUUACCAUUUCGUGUUUAAUUCAAAAACCUGUACUAGAGUGGCUGAUGUUUUAUCCUAUUAACUGUAGAGAAUUUCAAAUUUAUCUUUUCAAAUUCCUUGAUUGAUGAUUUUAAAUUAUCAUGGCUGAUGUCUUUGUGGAGAAUAAAUUAAUAGUAUCGUAUCUGUGAUGAUUAGUUUAUAAGUUAUUGUAUUUUAAUUGUAUUUUUUUGUUUGAGUGCCAUCUUUAUACUACCUAUAUUUUUUUUCUUUAACGUCUAUUUGCUUGCAUUUUUGGUGUUUUUAAAAAGCCAGUCGUACGAGAUUAAAUAAAUUGCUUGCUUCGUAACUGCAUUGGUAUCUAAAUAAAUACGUUGAACAUUUUUUA